UAAAACCCUAAACCCCUUCUACCGCUCUCUCUCUCUCUCUUUCUCUUCCGACAACGCAGCAGAGCCAAACAGAGCUUAGGUCUGUUUAUUUUUUGGGAAGAUUGAGAAAUGCUUGUCUUAUUUGAGACACCUGCGGGCUUUGCCCUUUUUAAAGUGUUGGAUGAAGGGAAGCUAAAUAAAGUUGAGGACUUGUCCAAGGAAUUCUUGGCUGCUGAUUCUGCAAGAAAGGUUGUGUCAUUGAAAGCCUUUUCUAAGUUUGAAAACACAGCAGAAGCUUUGGAAGCAGCAACCAAACUACUUGAAAGCACACCCAGCAAAGGUCUCCGCAAAUUCUUGCGAGCUCAUUGCGAUGGUGAGACAGUAGCAGUGGCUGAUUCAAAGCUUGGAAAUGCAAUUAAGGAAAAACUGAAAAUUGAAUGUGUUCACAAUAAUGCUGUUAUGGAGUUGAUGAGAGGUGUGAGAAGUCAGUUGACAGAACUCAUAUCUGGUCUAGCUGCUCAAGAUUUGGCUCCAAUGAGUUUGGGGUUGUCUCAUAGCCUGUCUAGAUUCAAGCUCAAGUUCAGUGCUGAUAAGGUUGACACAAUGAUUGUUCAAGCCAUUGGUUUGCUUGAUGAUCUUGAUAAAGAGCUCAAUACAUAUGCAAUGAGGAUUCGUGAAUGGUAUGGUUGGCAUUUUCCCGAGCUUACUAAGAUUGUACAGGACAAUAUCCUUUAUGCCAAGACAGUUAAGUUAAUGGGUGACCGUGCUAAUGCUGCUAAGCUUGAUUUCUCAGAGAUAUUACUGGAAGAGGUUGAGACAGAAUUAAAGGAGGCAGCAGUCAUAUCCAUGGGAACUGAAGUUAAUGACCUUGAUCUUACGAGUCUCAAAGAACUAUGUGAUCAGGUUUUGUCACUUGCUGAAUACAGAGCUCAGCUAUAUGAUUAUUUAAAGAGCAGGAUGAACACUAUUGCACCAAACUUGACUGCUCUUGUUGGCGAACUUGUUGGUGCCCGCCUCAUUGCUCAUGGUGGCAGCUUAAUGAAUCUUGCAAAGCAACCUGGAAGUACUGUUCAGAUUCUUGGUGCUGAAAAGGCUCUCUUCAGAGCUCUUAAGACAAAGCAUUCAACUCCCAAAUAUGGGCUUAUCUACCAUGCAUCCUUGGUUGGUCAGGCAGCGCCAAAGCACAAGGGGAAAAUCUCCAGGUCACUUGCUGCAAAGGCUGCAUUGGCAAUUCGGUGUGAUGCUCUUGGAGAUGACCAAGAUAACUCUAUGGGACUUGAGAACCGAGCCAAGCUUGAAGCAAGAUUAAGGACUCUUGAAGGCAAAGAAUUGGGACGAUCUGCUGGGUCAGCUAAAGGCAAGCCUAAGAUAGAAGUCUAUGACAAGGAUCGGAGGAAGGGAGCUGGGUUGAUAACUCCUGUUAAGACUUACAAUCCUGCAGCAGAUUCUCUUCUUGGGCAAACAACUCCUGAUGAGCAAGAUACAGUCCCAAAGAAGAAGAAAAACGUUGAGGCAGAACCUUCUCAGGCAGAGGAAGCAGAAGAGGCACCUGCCACUGAAGAAAAGAAAGAGAAGAAGAAAAAGAAGAAGAAAGCUGAUCAGGAGGCAGAUUUGCCAGCUAAUGGAAAUCAUCCAGAAGGCGAAGAGCCUGCACCAAAGGAAAAGGAAAAGAAGAAAAAGAAGAAACAUCAGGCUGAGGUUGAUGGGGAGAAUGUUGAAGUAGGAGAGAAGAAAAAGAAGAAGAGAAAGCAUGCAGAACAAGGAGAAGAAGAAUCUGAAGUGCAGAUCAAGAAAGAGAAAAAGAAGAAGAAGAAAAGUGAGGAUUGAGAAAAAUCAAGAAAGUUUGUGGUGAUUUGCUGCCAAACAAGUUUUGGGUAAUAUAGGCUUUAGGUACUUCUGCUUGUAAAAUGUGGUAUUUUGCUGAGUUGUUAAUUAUCUGGAAGUGUUCUUCAAACCUAAUUUUGACGUAUUUUUAACUUCCUUAUGGAUGCAAUUGCAAGGAAAUAUCACAACUUUAUUGUUAAUGUAAGGUUAUUAUCUUUUUGCAUUGAUA